AACUCCUGACGUCAGGUGAUCCACCCACCUCAGCUUCCCAAUGUGCUGGGAUUACAGGCGUGAGCCACCGUGCCCAGCCUUUGUUUCCGUUUUCACACAGCACUGCUGCCCAUCUUAGGGACUUCAGCAUUCACAGGCCCAUUGCCCUACAUCUACUUGUCAAUAUGAGAAAGCAGGAGGCCAAGAAUUACAAAAUUAUUCUCCUUUGGUUGGACUUCAGUACCCAGGCCACCCAAAUUGACAAAAACCCUGAAUGCAGACAAACAAUACUUGUUCCCUGUCCUCUGGCCCUUUGCAAAUAAAUGCCUUACCCGACCUGCUCUGCCACCCCACUCGCAGCCACCCAGCAAGAGCAGCAUGUCAGCCUACCGGAUCUUUGCAGCUGCAAUCUGCAUUUUAGAAAUAAGCGUCCUCACAGCAGAGUACACGCCCAGUUAUGACCCACAGCCAACAGAAAGCCGUGGCCCCGCAUCGCACAUAGACUGCAGAAUGAGCCCCUGGAGUGAAUGGUCACAAUGCGAUCCUUGCCUCAGACAAAUGUUUCGUUCAAGAAGCAUUGAGGUCUUCGGACAAUUUAAUGGGAAAAGUUGCACCGAUGCUGUGGGAGACAGACGACAGUGUGUGCCCACAGAGCCCUGUGAGGAUGCUGAGGAUGACUGCGGAAAUGACUUUAAAUGCAGUACAGGCAGAUGCAUAAAGAGGCGACUUCUGUGUAAUGGUGACAAUGACUGUGGAGACUUUUCAGAUGAGGAUGAUUGUGAAAGUGAUCCCCGUCCCCCCUGCAGAGACAGAGUGGUAGAAGAGUCUGAGCUGGCACGAACAGCAGGCUACGGGAUCAACAUUUUAGGGAUGGAUCCCCUAAGCACACCUUUUGACAAUGAGUUCUACAAUGGACUCUGUAACCGGGAUCGGGAUGGAAACACUUUGACAUACUACCGAAGACCCUGGAACGUGGCUUCUUUGAUCUAUGAAACCAAAGGUGAGAAAAAUUUAAGAACCGAACAUUAUGAAGAACAAAUUGAAGCAUUUAAAAGUAUCGUCCAAGAGAAGACAUCAAAUUUUAAUGCAGAUAUAUCUCUAAAAUUUACACCCACUGAAGCAAAUAAAGUUAAAACUGAAAAAUCUUCUGAGAAAAAUGCCUUCUCAGAUUCUUUACAUGGCCAGGGUAGUUUUCGGUUUUCAUAUUCCAAAAAUGAAACUUACCAACUAUUUUUGUCAUAUUCUUCAAAGAAGGAAAAAAUGUUCCUGCAUGUGAAAGGAGAAAUUCAUCUGGGAAGAUUUGUGAUGAGAAAUCGUGAUGUUGUGCUCACAACAACUUUCGUGGAUGAUAUAAAAGCUUUGCCAACUACCUAUGAAAAGGGAGAAUAUUUUGCCUUUUUGGAAACCUAUGGAACCCACUACAGUAGCUCUGGGUCUCUGGGAGGACUCUAUGAACUAAUAUAUGUUUUGGAUAAAGCUUCCAUGAACCGGAAAGGUGUUGAACUAAAAGAUGUAAAGAGAUGCCUCGGGUACCAUCUGGAUGUAUCUCUGGAUUUCUCUAAAAUCUCUGCUGGAGCUAAAGUUGAUAAAGAUGAUUGUGUAAAGAGGGGAGAGGGUAGAGCUGUAAACAUCACCAAUGAUCACCUCAUAGAUGAUGUUAUUUCACUCAUAAGAGGUGGAACCAGAAAAUAUGCAUUUGAACUGAAAGAAAAGCUUCUCCGAGGAACCAUAAUUGAUGUCACUGAUUUUGUCAACUGGGCCUCUUCCAUAAAUGAUGCUCCUGUUCUCAUUAGUCAAAAACUGUCUCCUAUAUAUAAUCUGGUUCCAGUGAAAAUGAAAAAUGCACACCUAAAGAAACAAAACUUGGAAAGAGCCAUUGAAGACUAUAUCAAUGAAUUUAGUGUAAGAAAAUGCCACUCAUGCCAAAAUGGAGGUACAGCAAUUCUAAUGGAUGGAAAGUGUUUGUGUACCUGCCCAUUCAAAUUUGAGGGAAUUGCCUGUGAAAUCAGUAAACAAAAAGUUUCUGAAGGAUUGCCAGCCCUAGACUUCCCCCAUGAAAAAUAGAACUGUUGGCUUCUCUGAGCUCCAGUGGAAGAAAAGAACACUUGGACCUUCAGAUCCUAUCCCUGAAGAUAAUCUUAGCUGCCUAAUAAAUAGCAGCAUGCUUCAUGAAAAUCCUACCAACUUCUGAAGUCUCCUCUCUUAGGUCUAUAAUUAUUUUUAAAUUUUUCUUUCUUAAACUCCUAUGAUGUUUCCAUUUUUUAUUCCCUAAUGAGGAGUCAACAGUGAAAUAUGCCAGAACUGCUUUCUCCCACAGACAAUGCCAAUCUCUUCUUAAAAAAAACAAAAUUAAAUUAAAACAGAAUGUUGGUUUAAAACACUUCAAAGUAAUUGUCAAAUUGCUUUGUACGGUUAACAUAUUCUGCCAAGUCCAUGACCACACGUCUGUACCAUGCAAUUUAACUCUUAUUUACAUUGUUAUGUUUGGUUUGGUUAUUUGCUUAGGUGUGCAUACAUUCAUUCAGCAAAUGCUGAACACCAGCCACCUGCACAGCAGUUGCUUUUACUAGUCUUAACUCUACCAGUUAAAUCUAUGUGUCCAUGGGGGAAAAUGUGUUAUAUUUGUAACCAAAAACUACUAGUUUACCAAAGGCUGGAAGUGUAGUGGGGAAGGGAGAUAAAGAGGAGACGAUUAAUACAAAAAUCCAGUUAGAUGAAAGGAAUAAUAUAUACAGUGUUCAGCAACACAAUAGAGUGACUAUAAACUAUUAGCUUAAAUUAUGUGAAAUUGCCUCUGUUUGAUCUUAUUUUACAAGAAAAAAACAUCAAUUUUAUAUAGUCCAACUUAAUACCUAGGCUUAUGAGUUGUAUAAGGUAACGUUACCUACCUGAGAAGCGGAUUAACAUUGGCUGUACAGUCUUAUCCAUUAGAGAACAUGAUACUUAGGGUCUGAGACCUUUUGAAAAGGUCUGAAAACCCUUUAAAAAAAGGAAA